UACCUAAAGAAAUAGCCUCAAGAUGAACUUCCUUCUGGAAACAUUCAAAGUCAUCGGACUUAUUGUUUAUUACUCACUGGAGUCGCUAGUAUUCUUCAUUGUGCCUAGGCGGAAGAAGAAUGUUAGUGGUGAAAUAGUAUUAAUAACAGGAGCAGGAAGUGGCAUUGGAAGAAUCUUAUCUUUAAAGUUUGCCAGCCUUGGAGCCACAGUGGUUCUCUGGGACAUUAAUCAAGAGGGGCUCAAGGAGACAAGUAGACUGGCGAGAGAAAAUGGAGCAGUGAGAGUGCACUGUUAUGUCUGUGACUGUAGCAAAAGGCAGGACAUCUACAGAGUAGCUGAUCAGGUUAAAAAAGAAGUUGGCGAUGUUAGCAUCCUAGUCAACAAUGCUGCUGUUGUAACUGGGAAGAGAUUUCUUGAUUGUCCAGAUUCACUUGUGGAAAAAACCAUGGAAGUGAACACAAUGGCACACUUCUGGACUUACAAAGCCUUCCUCCCAGCAAUGAUGGCCUCUAACCAUGGACACCUGGUUAGUAUUGCAAGCUCAGCAGGACUGGCUGGAGUUAAUCGCCUUUCAGAUUACUGUUCAAGUAAAUUUGCAGCAGUGGGUUUUGCAGAGUCAGUUGAUUCAGAGAUGAGAAAUCUGGGAAAGACUGGUGUUAAAACCACAAUUGUGUGUCCUUACAUCAUAAACACGGGAAUGUUUGAUGGCUGCAGAACCAAGUGGCCACGUCUGCUUCCCACUCUAGAUCCAGAGUAUGUGGCUGAGAAGAUAGUCACUGCUGUUCGUCAGGACCAAGAAAUACUGCUGCUACCACGCAGUCUUUAUUUUUUAUUUGCUUUGAAAAAUAUCCUACCAGUGAAAACAAGUGUUCUCAUUGCGGAUUAUUUGGGAAACCCCAACAUCAUGGAUAACUUUAAAGGUCGAGCGAAGAAGGACUGA